UAGCGGGAAAGUGAGACCCAAUGAAUUCCACGGUCAAAGCUAACUAGAUUUUCCCUUUUCCUGAAUCUAGUGUGCAAUAAUUAGACAACGAGGAGGAAACAAUAGUGUACUAGUCUUAGUCAUACUGUAUCCACUACCUUCCUCUUCCCCUCGCUUACCUUUCACCAUUGUUUUCCUAAUUACAAAACCCAAAUUCUGCAAAUGCGAGGAAGAUAACGAAGCUUAGUUUGACGAUGGCGGAGUUAGGGUUUCAGGAGCGAAGCUCGUGGAGGAGGCUUGGUCUAAUUCCUCGUGACACCAGCCCCGACUCCGCCGUCUUCACUCUCGAAUCCAACCUCAGCCUCUUCUCCUCUGCUUCCGCCUCCGUUGAUCGAUGCUCAUUCGCCUCUGACUCUCACGACCACCACUCUUUCGCCUCUCAACUCUCCCUGCAUUUGGCAGGGUAUGAGGGUGAUUUUGCUCACUGCAGUGGUCCAGAUCCAAAUCCAUACAAAUCUGCACUGCGCGACAACCACAAGCACCGUCGUUUUGCCAGGAACAGCGAAAACGCCAAAGUUCAAAACGAAGAUAGUGAUUUUGACAUUGAAGAUGAAAGCCAGCAAGUGGAACUGGAUUCAGCAAGAAACUCUUUCUCUUUAGCUCUCAAAGAAUGCCAAGAUAGGAGAUCGAGAUCUGAAGCCUUGUUAGAGAAGGCUUAUGCAUUAGAUCUGAGCAAUACAGCUGCAUCUUCUCCGCGCCUCGGAACGGUGAGGAAGAACACACUUUCUUCUCGAAGGUCUGGUACUGCCACUGCCACUUUCGCCAGUCCCGGAACACCGAAUUAUCGUGGUGCAAUGCAAAAGGGGUGGAGCUCUGAGCGAGUCCCCUUGCAUGGAAGUGCUGCCAGGAAUCAGGUGGUGUUGCCAUUCAGCAAUGGAAGAGCAUUGCCAUCAAAAUGGGAAGAUGCAGAGAGGUGGAUUCUCAGUCCUGUUACCAGAGAUGGCAUGGGCAGGGCUUCGGUUCAGCAGCCCAACAAGAGGCCGAAGUCCAAGAGCGGGCCGCUCGGUCCCCCUGGUAUCGCGUAUUAUUCAAUGUUUUCUCCGGCUGCGCCAAUGUGUGAGAGGCGUAACACGGGGAAUUUUAUGGCAGCUUCUCCAUUUUCAGCUGGGGUUCUCUCAGCUGAGGGACUAACAAUCCGUUCCGGUGGCCAUGGGGGAGCGGUUGCCACGACUACUGAACCUUGUAUGGCUCGAUCAUCUAGUGUCCAUGGAUGUUCCGAGAUGCUGAAUCAGCCAUCAGUGCCUGGCCAAGAAGAUAGGUUUGAUUGCUUCAAAGGGGUGGGAACUGAUGUAUCUCAUGCUGUUUCAAGAAGGGACAUGGCAACCCAGAUGAGUCCACAGGGUAGCUCAGGCUCCUCUUCUAAUUUGAGGCUUUCUUUCUCUGCCUCCACUCCAUCUGCCUUGCCUAUCACUGAAUUGCAGGGUGGUUCUUCUGCUAAAGUGAAUAUCAGGGAUGUGCAGAUAGACGAACAUGUAACUUUGACAAGGUGGUCCAAGAAAAACAGGGCCAUGUUCUCCGGCAGAGCCUCAGAAAAUGUUGAAAGUAGGAAAAUAAGCGCUCAAUCUUCAGCUUGGGACAUAUCUGAAACAUCAAAAACAGACUCAAAGGCAAAAAGUGAGGAAGCCAAAAUCACAGCAUGGGAGAACUUGCAGAAGGCAAAAGCUGUGGCAGCAGUUCGGAAACUAGAGAUGAAGUUGGAAAAGAGGCGAGCGUCCUCUAUGGAUAAGAUUAUGAACAAGCUUAGAUUGGCCAAAACAAAAGCCCAAGAAAUGAGAAGUUCUGUUUCACCCAACCAAACUGAUCAAGUUGUAAGAACUUCUCACAAGGCUUCAUCAUUUCUUAGAACCAGCCAGAUGCGUUCCUUAAGUGGUUGUUUCACUUGCCAUGCCUUUUAAACAAUAUUUUCUGUUUGAUCAAUGCUGGAUGUACGCUCUUGCUUCCUUCUGUAACAUUCCAGCUCUAGCUUCUUCCUCUUGAGUUUUGAUAGCCUAAAAAGGCUUGAGAAGGAUUUAAAUGCCCCCCAUGUUAAUGAAUGAAAGGUGUACAAUAGUGAGCAGCUGUGUUGAGAUCAAAAUGGGGUCAUUGCCAUUUUACAUUACAUGAAAUACCAGCAUCUUCAUUGAAGGUCUCGGAUAAAAUCUAAGUCCCUAGUGCUGUCACCCUCGGUGGUUGGGAUUCAGUGGUUAGCAAAAUAACUAGUACUAGGGCAAGUUUUAGAACUAAGUUUUUUUUUCUCCCUACAGGAUAAGAAUCUAUUCAAAACUUCAAAAUUCAUGUAAUCUAAUCUAUAGGGACAAUGAAGGUAACUUCAAAA